ACAGUAGAGGAACCAGUAUUUCUUCAACCCGCCCAAGAACGCCAUACGCUCUCAUUCAAAGUGGCGCCAUAACGGCUACAUCAGAGAAGCCAUGAGUUUCGAUUUAAGUAGCUCUUGAAAGGAGUUGGCGGAACUCUGUUUGAAUUCUUUUGAUUCCAAAUAGGUUUUCUUUUUCAUGUUUUUCAGAUUUCAAAGACACCUGCGUUCGCGUUCUGGAGUUUUUUUUAUUUCUAGGGUUUGUGCAAUUUGGAAUUUUUGAAGAUCGCUAGGGUUUACAGGAUUCGGUGAUGGAUCUUCCUUCGGAAGUUGAGAAUUACAUCAAGGAAACAAUAGAUCAUGCAUUAGGUCUCCCUGUGUCAGUGGAGACGCUGGAGUUGAAGCUUCGUGUCUCUCAGGAUUCUCAGAGGCGACUUGCUCAUCAUUGCGAUGCUCUACAGUCCAAAAUCAAAGAGAAAGAACAGUUGAUUGAGCGCAGUAGGGCUGAAGCGACAAUGAACGCUCAAGCUUUGAAGAAAUUUGUGGAUGAGAACCGUAAACUGGCUACCGAAUGCUUAUAUCUUUCGGGUCAAUGUGAGAAAUGGGAGAGAGAGUGCUCUUUAUAUGAUCAUGACCGAGAUGCAUUGAUGGAGUUCGGGAACGAGGCUGAUCAGCGUGCAAGGGAGGCUGAGAAUCGUGUUCGUGAAUUGGAGGAGGAGGUUAGACGGUUAUCAGAUGAACUGCAGUUCUUUAAACAUGAACACGAGAUGAAAAAGGUUGAUUCGUCUUCUGAUGGUAGAGAUUUGGAGGAUAACUUACUCGAGUUGGUUUUACCAACAUGUAAUUGUUAUGAUCGAGUUAAAUCUGCUCAUGCAUUUUUAGAAACAAGCAUUGAUCAAGAUUCAAGCCAAAAGCUUAUGAAAAUGUGGAACUGCUUAAAGCCUUCAACUCAAAAGACUCUAUCACUAGCUGCAUAUGUGAAGGCCGUCGAGAAGGAUUGCGAACAUCUGAGGGUAAAUCUACAAAGAGCUGAAGAAGAGGUGAAAUUGUUGUAUGAAGAUAAUAUGCUUCUUGACAAGGAGAACAAGAAGUUGCUGAAACGGUACCAGGAAGAUAAAACCCAACAUUCAGGUGAUAAGCAGGCCAACAGUGAGUCUGCCGCCAAGUCAAAUAAGCGAAAAUCAUGCCCGAAAAUCAGUAUUCCGAUUGAAGAAAAGAAUAUUAUUAAUGAGGCUGAUUCUACCCGACAACCUCUUUCACCUUUGCAACAUAACUCACCCGACUCGAGAACACGGAAGAAGUAGUUGCAACCCAAGAAUAACACAGGUUAUCCCCCCUCCAUUUUCAAGCAUAGACUGAGCUAACAUAGCAAAAUUUGAAUAUAGAUACACUAUAACAUAAUCUAGAGAGGUGUUGAGCUCUUCUAAAUGAAAGAGCCUUUCUUUCACUUCUGUGUUUCCUUUGCUGCCCAAUGUUAUCAAGGAAACUCUCGUCUUGGUUUCGUGCCAAUGUAGCUGAAUUCUUGUUGUUCCUCGUCUGAUUCCAAAUGAUACUUAGGCUUUGGAUAAAAUGUUGUAGCCAUUUUGAAACUUA